AUGCAAGACUUGCUCGGGGGAAACCAUAGCUCUUUUACUGAGUUUAUUCUUUUAGGAUUUUCUCAUAACAAAGAGAUAAAUGUUAUUCUAUUCAGCAUCUUCCUCUUCCUCUACCUCAUCACCCUUCUGGGCAAUGGACUCAUUAUCACCUUGAUACGCAUGGACUCCCGCCUCCACACACCUAUGUACUUUUUCCUCAGUGUCCUAUCCAUUAUGGAUAUGGGCUAUGUCACCACCACAGUGCCCCAGAUGCUGGUACACCUGGUUUGCAAGAAGAAGACCAUCUCUUACAUUGGAUGUGUGGCCCAAAUGUACAUCUUCUUGAUGCUAGGAAUCACUGAGUCUUGGCUCUUCGCAGUCAUGGCUUAUGACAGGUAUGUGGCCAUUUGCCAUCCCCUGAGGUAUAAAGUAAUCAUGAGCCCUUUGCUCUGUGGGUCAAUGGUGGCCUUCUGUGGAUUCUGGGGUAUCAGCUGUGCCCUGAUAUACACUGUCUCUGCUAUGAUUCUUCCCUAUUGUGGUCCCAAUGAGAUCAAUCACUUCUUCUGUGAAGUACCUGCAGUCUUAAAGUUAGCCUGUGCAGACACAUCUCUCAAUGAUCAGGUGGACUUCAUCUUGGGCUUCAUCCUUCUCUUGGUUCCACUCUCCCUCAUCAUCAUUGUCUAUAUCAAUAUUUUUGCUGCCAUCUUGAGGAUUCGCUCAGCCCAAGGGCGGCUCAAGGCCUUUUCCACCUGUGCCUCCCACAUCACUGUGGUCACCAUGUUCUCCAUACCAUGUAUGGUUAUGUACAUGAGACCUGGUUCUGAGUCUUCCCCAGAAGAGGACAAGAAGUUGGCUCUAUUCUACAACAUCAUCUCUGCUUUCCUCAACCCCAUCAUCUAUAGUCUUAGGAACAAAGAUGUGAAGAGGGCUUUCCUCAAAGUGACUGGCUGGGGCAAAGCACCAGAAUGA